AUGAAAGAUCCACCCUGUAGCCCAUCCUCAUUCAGUAACUUUACAAUAUGCUUUUUUUUACCUUUUAUUCCAGAUAAUAUCUUUCUUACGACCUGUGGGUCAGUCUUUAUAGGUUUUAAACUGCAAAAUAUAAGUAUCAGAAAACCUUGCGUUAUAUCUAUCUAUCUAUCUAUCUAUCUAUCUAUCUAUCUAUCUAUCUAUCUAUCUAUCUAUCUAUCUAUCACUGUCUAUUCCUAUCUAUCUAUCUAUCUAUCUAUCUAUCUAUCUAUCUAUCUAUCUAUCACUGUCUAUUUCUAUUCUAUUUCUAUCUAUCUAUCUAUCUAUCUAUCUAUCUAUCUAUCUAUCUAUCUAUCUAUCUAUCUAUCACUGUCUAUUCCUAUGUAUGUAUGUAUGUAUCUAUCUAUCUAUCUAUCUAUCAUAAUCUCUCUCUCUCUCUCUCUCUCUCUCUAUCUAUCUAUCUAUCUAUCUGACUGUCUAUUCCUAUCUAUCUAUCUAUCUAUCUAUCUAUCUAUCUAUCUAUCUAUCUAUCUAUGUCUCUUCAUAUCUAGGCUUACGACCAUAUCACAUCAUGGAAAAAAUGAAUCAAUCAACAAUACAAUUUUUCUAUCUAUCUAUCUAUCUAUCUAUCUAUCUAUCUAUGGCAGUUUGUCUGCAGCAUUCUUUCUUUUUUAUUUAAAUUCACUUUUCAAACACCAGACCUGA